GGGGAAGCUAUGAGGAAGUGAAAGUGCAUGUUGACAUUGAUCCAACAUCAGAAGUUUGCAUCCCAUGACUAACUUCAAAGUCCUAUUCUGAGGCAGGUCACAUUACUUUUUCAUGCAUACAUAGUGUAACACACGCUUGAGGAGCACACACAGCAUGAAGAUCAUCACCUUGCUCACAUUCUGCAGCCUGCUCGCCCUCGUUUGCGGCAUGCCACCCCUGAGCCGUGACUUCAACACACACUGCCACUGCCUGCAGUUCGAGACCAGGGUCAUACCACCGGACAGCCUGCGGAGCAUCAGGCUGUUGUCUGAAGGGCCACACUGCACCAACGUGGAGGUCAUAGCCAUCUUGGCGAAUGGCCAGCGGAUCUGUCUGGACCCUCAGUCCUUGUGGGUCAAGAAGUUGGUCCACUUUGUUCUGGAGAAGCAGAGAAAUCAGAAGGAGGGUGUGCAACGCCCCCGGGUUCCAGUUUGAUGGGACAACAAGACGAGCGCCUGUCUCAAAAUAAUAAGACACUAUCUUUUCUUAUAAGUGAACAUAUCAACAGUCUGUGUGUAAUAAUGUGAAUUGCUAAAUAAAAAUGCAUUAAAAGUAUGAUGAACAAAA